AUGUGGCUCUUUCUCGUGUGCAGUAUCCUGCUGCCACUUGGAGUAGUCAACGCACAGUCUCAAUACUUCAACAACAAAACCAAAGAAUUCGUCGUCAAUGGCUCUGCUAUUCCUUUUGUCGAUUUCGACAUUGGCGAGUCCUAUGCGGGCUACCUACCCAACACGCCUUCUGGAAUCUCGAGUCUAUACUUCUGGUUCUUUCCAUCUUCUGAUCCUGAUGCGUCUGAUGAGAUCACCGUCUGGCUGAAUGGCGGCCCAGGAUGCAGCUCUCUGGCAGGCAUCAUGCUCGAGAACGGCCCCUUUCUAUGGCAACCUGGUACCUACCGACCCGUGCGCAACCCUUAUGCCUGGAACAACCUCACAAAUAUGGUGUACAUUGAUCAGCCUGCUGGAACGGGAUUCUCGCUUGGCCCGUCUACGGUGGUCUCAGAAUUUGAUGUAGCCAGACAGUUUAUGGACUUCUGGAGGCGGUUCAUGAAAACAUUCGAUCUGCAGAAUCGAAAGAUAUAUCUCACUGGCGAGAGCUAUGCGGGCCAGUACAUCCCAUACAUCGCGUCGCAGAUGCUUGACCAGGAUGAUGAUGAGUAUUUCCGGGUUGCCGGCAUCCAGAUCAAUGAUCCCUACAUCAAUGAGCUGCCAGUUUUGCAAGAUGUUGCGACCGUCAAUCAGCACCGCUCCCUCUUUCCCUUUAAUGACACCUUCAUGAGUCAAAUCACCAAGCUUUCCGACGAUUGUGGCUACACUUCGUUUCUUGACGAUGCCCUUACCUUUCCACCCCGUUCUCAAUUCCCAUCAGUGCCCUAUAAUGCUAGCUGCAACAUCUGGGAUAUCAUAAACAACGCUUCUCUAGCUCUCAACCCAUGCUUCAACCGCUACCAUAUCCCCGACGCCUGCCCCACCCCCUGGAACCCAGUCGGCGGCCCCAUCGUUGGACUUGGUCCGACCAACUACUUCAACCGCAGUGACGUCCAGAAAGCCAUCAACGCGUACCCAACGGACUAUUUCGUCUGCAAGGAUGGAAUCUUCCCGACGGCCAACGGACUGGACACAUCCCCUCCAAGCUCCCUGGGACCGCUGCCGCGCGUCAUCGAACAGACCAACAAUACCAUCAUUGCGCACGGCCUGAUGGAUUUCGAGCUGCUGGCGCAGGGAACCCUGAUCAGUAUCCAGAAUAUGACCUGGAAUGGGAAGCAGGGGUUCGAGCGGGAGCCGGUGGAGCCGUUGUUCGUGCCGUAUGGUGGAUCAUCGGGAGGAGGCGUGCUGGGAACGGCACAUACAGAGCGUGGAUUGACAUUUUCGACAGUAUUUAGUUCAGGACAUGAAAUCCCGGAAUAUGCACCGGGGGCGGCAUAUCGCCAGCUGGAGUUUUUGCUGGGGAGGGUUGCGAAUCUGUCGACAAUUAUUGAGCAGGUGCAGAUAACAGAGCAGAAUGGUUGA